CGGCUUCGGUUUCCCCACCCACACCCUUCCACUUUCUCGUCUGGAAAAUCCAUGCGGGCCCUCUUGGGUUAUACAGUCCCCUGGAGCGAAGUGCACGGACAGUUGAAGCCAUUGAAGUGCCGAUCUAUUGAGGCCGUUGACGGUAGCCCAUGACUGGGGCGAGCCAAACCCCAGUUCACCCCAGAGGGCCAAUUCUGCUCUGUUUGCAACCCUGUUCUGUGCAGUGACUGAAUCAUCUGCUGUCUAAAAGUAGCCUUUCUGUGAAGAGGUUGGCCGGUGUCACAUGAUGGUUUUUUUUCUGAAUUUCCCAUUUUACUAACACGUCUUUUUUCUUGUUUUCUCUCUCUCUCUCUCUCUUCCAGUUUGACAAAUACGGCCCCAAACUGGACAAUUCAUUCGUUCAUCGACAUUCAAACUUCUUCCCUUCCUACCCCCCCACCAUGCCAGGCAUGCCCCCGCUGAUCCCGCACACAGGACCCUUCAGUUCGCUGCAAGGAGCCUUCCAGCCCAAGGCAUCCAAUCCCAUUGAUGUGGGAGCCCGUCCAGGGGCAGUACCACACACACUCUUACAGAAGGAUCCCAGGAUAUCAGAUCCAUUCAGGUCGUCUGUCAGAAAACCUGGCAAGUGGUGUGCAGUGCAUGUCCAGAUCGCAUGGCAGAUCUACCACCAUCAGCAAAAGAUGAAGCAGAUGCAGCUGGACCCUCACAAACUGGACAUGAAUGGGAAGCUGGACCUCUUCAGCCGUCCCCCAGGCCAGGGGGUCUUCCCAGGGUUCCCCUACCCCCAUGACCUGGCGCGACCCAUGUUCUCACCCUCAGGCCCUGGCCACCACGCACCCUCCCCCUACGGCCCCGCCUCCCAUCCCACUGGCUUCCUGCCUCCUAGCCACAUGGCGGGUAAGUAUCCUUUCAGUCGCUCCAGUACCUUUGGUGGCCUCGGCAACCUUUCAACCAGUGCCUUCGGUGGAUUAGGCAACCCCACGCUUGGCUCCAACAGCGUAUUCGGCCCCAAGGAUGGCCCCGGCAGCCUGGGCGGCUUCGGCAGCCCGCACCACGACACCUGGAACCGGUUGCACCGAACGCCCCCCUCCUUCCCCACGCCGCCACAGUGGCCCAAGGCCCCCGACGGCGAGCGCAGCAGCUCGGCCAACAGCCACGACCGCGAGAGGGAGCGCGAGAGGGAGAAGAGGGACUCGUCGGUCGGGAAGGAGGAGAAGGAUAAAGACAGAGAUUCUGUGGACCGCAACCGGCACUCCAACCGCUCGUCCCCCGCCUCGGCCCCCGUCAGCUACCAGAUCAGCAACCUGAUCCGCUCCACCAGCCAGAACUCCAGCGACCAGGGCCGGCACCACAGCGGCAGCGUGGACCGGGUCCGCGAGGCCGAGAAGGAGCUGCUGGAGCGCCACCGCGAGGCCUCCAUGAUGGCCGACGUCAAGGUGAAGGAGAGCCGCUCCCCGGGCAAGGACGCCAUGGAGAGACGAGCGUCGGAGGACUCCAUCAAGGCCGCCCACCGCUCCCCCUCGCCCUACUCCAAGGGCCUCAUGGGCGAGCAGGGCGUGAAGAUGAUGGGCGGCCCCCCGCCGACGUUGAAGGACGGCGAUCGCAAGGAGCCCCCGUCCAUGGACCUGCUCCACAAGGUGAAGAACGACAUGAAGAUCAAAGAGGAGCGCAAGGAGGAGCAGGAGGUGAUGGUGGUGAGCUCCGAGCCCGCCCCGCACCCGCCGCUCCAAGCGCCCCCGGUGCCCAUGUCUCAGGUGGGACACCCCCACCACCACCACCCCCCUCUCCAGCAGCAGCUCCACAUGCAGCCGCAACGCGGCAACGAGAUGGCCGGCAUGCACGGGGUCCCCAUGGCCCACUCGCUGCCCCUCUCCAUGAGCGCCAUGCACCAGAUGGGCAGCCUCAAUGUGCUGGACCGCGCCCGCAUGGCGCCCUUCAUGGGGGUCAGCCCCCUGGCGGCGGGCCGCGAGCGCCUGCCGCACCAGGCCUUCCCCUGGGACCCCCUGCGGGAGGCUUACCGCAGCCUGGACCUGCAGCGCCGCAUGGACUUCCAGCUGCGGGCCGAACAGAGCCACCGCUUCCCCAGCAUGUACGAGCAGGAGCGGGCGUACCGCGAGCGCGAGGCCCACGACUACCAGCACCACGAGCACCUGCUGGAGGUGCGGCGCGAGCACGAGAGGAUGCGGCAGCAGGCGGAGGAGCGCGAGCGCAUCCACAUGAGGGAGGAGCUGGACCGGGCCCGCCUCCACCAGCUGCACCAGUCCCCCAUGGAGGGCCACCUGCCCCACAUGGCGCCCUUCAUGCAGCACCUGGGCGGGAUGCCCUACCCCAGACUCAGCCCCUCCACGGGACACAACGGCCUGCUCAACAGGACGCCCCCCACGGCCGCGCUCAGCGCCCCGCCGCCUCUAGUGCCCGCAGGCGGCGUCCGGCCCGCCUCGCCCAGGAGGACUACGCCCCUAACCUCCGCCACCCAGGACCCGCGGGACUACUCGCCGUCCCGCAACCCCAAAGAGGUGGAGGCCCGGUAGCUUCCUCAGGACGGGACACAGAGGCCUCGGAUGCCUUCGUGAGCCUAAAUGCCUCCAGUUUGGAAUCUUAUGGUGAACCAAAACGCGCUGCCUUGUCACCGGGGAACAGCAGAUUUUGGCAUCCGGGAGGAAAUGGUAUGAUUGUACAAUGUAGAAGGUGCCUAUGUGGGUCUGAUUAAGCACAUACCAAGACUCUUUUCAAUGGACUGAAUCGAAUUAUGUCGGCAGGAAAGAAACGCAAAUGAGUAUGUUUAUAGCCGACUUAAAUAUUUGAUAAUUAUUAAUAUAUUAAUCUGAUACCUUUUUUUCGGCUAUGUGCGAAAAGAGAGGUCCUCACAUGGGUUUGUACAUUUUCCUAUCCUUGUUCCAUGUAUAGGUAUCACUUUGAUGACAUGUAUGUAAUUUGUGCUCCAGUGACUCCAGUUUUGUUUGUUUUUCCUUGAUAUUUAUCCCAGUUGAUGGUGAGACAUAUCUAUUAUGGCCCACGGAAAGGACUGGAUGUUUUUUGUUUGCGCCUUCUCAACAGUAAUUUAACCUUGUGCUACCAAGAUAUCCUCAACAAUGCCAAUGUACACUGUUACAUUACCGAUUUGUUUCCUUGAUUCGUUUUGCCUUCGAGGUAUGCAGAUGCAGAUAUAUUAUGAGGUCAAGGUUCAGUCUCUCUUAAGGCAAACUUGUGUAAAUAACUUGUUGAUAUCUCCUCGCUGCAAAAAUGGCCAUGUAAAUUGAUCAGCCUUUUUAAAAAUGUUUCUAGAAAAAGAAAACUCAAAUCAAACGUUUCCCUGUUGAAAGCCAUGGUAUAAUGGAGAAGCCUGGUCGUUGUCAUGGAAACAUGGUGAUGGAGAGUCCUACAGGGGCCUGGAAGGAUCAUCUGCAAUCUAUGCAAAGCGACGCAAGGCAUCUCGAGGGUGGAAGAACCUGGAUAUUACGAUGAUGUUGGUGACAAUUAAAGGAUCUGCAUCAACUAUGAUUUUUAUUUGCCAUUGGAAAUACAUGGAGUUAUACACCGAGGAGAUUUCCAAGUCACAAAGUGGACCAGGAGCGCAAAGCCUCAAGCAGAACGGAAGAACACUUUGAGUGGGCCGCAAUAGGACUUUUUCUGUCAACCUUGUGGUGUUGUGCAGUUGUUUUUCUUAGACUCUUGUAUACAAAACCAGUAGAGUUUUAGGCGUGCAAAAAUGAAAAAUGAACAUUCAUGGUUUAAAAAUGUAAGGAAUAAAGUUUGGACCUAAUGUCUGA